UUUCUCACCAUCGUCAUGCUAAUGUUUUCUCAUCCUAUUUUGCCCUCAAUUGUUCUCUCCAUCUUUGCCUUGGUUUGCAGAGCUUCCUCAGUGUCUCUCCUCCAGAAGAUGCCCUCCUCUCCCGUUACCUGCCACGCGACGGGUUUCUACCCCAGUGCGUCGGCCCUUUUUUGGAGGAAGGACAGCGAGGUGAUCUACGAGGACGUGGAGAUGGGGGAGACCCUCCCCAACCAUGACGGAACCUUCCAGACCACAGCCCACCUGAAAGUGGAAGUGACGGCCGGCGUGGAGGGUAAGUAUGAAUGUGUGUUCCAGCUUGCCGGCAUCGAGGAAGACAUCGUCACCAAGCUGGACAGAAGAAUCAUCCUGAGCAACGCGCGUAUCCAAGAAGAAGAAGUCAGGAAGAUGACGGCCAUCGUUGUCACGUUGGUGAUCCUCGCUCUGGUGGUGGCGGUGGUUGUUGCCGGGUUCCAUCCCCAGAUAGCGCUACAUACGCUGCGUUAUUUCAUCACAGUGUCCUCUCAAAUCGCAAAUCUGCCAGAGUACUGGGAGGUCGCAUAUGUGGACGGCGUUCAGAUUUUGCAGUUUGACAGCAAGAGCCGGAAAACGAAAGCCAAGCUGGACUGGGUGAACAAAAUCGCAGCAGAGGAUCCAGACUUGUUGGAGCGAGAGCUGUACAACAGUAUCAACAAUGAGGAGGUUCAAUGAGUGUUCAAAGUCAACCUUGAAAUCCUGAACGAGCGCUUCAACAAAACUGGAGGCGUUCACAUGAUGCAGUAGAUGAACGGCUGUGAAUGGGAUGACGAGACUGGUGAGGUGGAUGUUUGGAAUCAGCACAGGUAUGACGGAGAAGACUUCAUCUCAUUUGAGUGGAAAACGAUGAGCUGGAUCGCAGCCAAUCCACAAGCGUUCAUCACAAAGAACAAGUGGGAACAAUUGGACGGCCUCAAAGAAUACUGGAAGAGAUACGUCACAGAGAUUUGUCUUGCUGACUUGAAGACGUACGUGAGCAAUGGGCGGGACUUCCUGAUGAGAACAGAGCUUCCGAUGGUGUCUCUCCUCCAGAAGACGCCUUCCUCUCCGGUCACCUGCUUCGCGACGGGUUACUACCCCCUCACAUCGGAUCUUUUCUGGAGGAAGGACGGCGAGCAGCUGUACGAGGACAUGGAGAUGGGCCAGACUCUCCGCAACCACGACGGAACCUUCCAGACCGCGGCCCACCUGAAAGUGGAGGCGGCGCCCGACGCGGAGGCCAAGUACGAAUGUGUGACGCUGGCCGGCGUCGAGGAAGCCAUCGUCGUUAAGUUGGACGGCAAAAACAUCCUGAGCAACGCGCGUGACGCAGAAGAACAAGUCAAGAUGGUGGUGGCCAUCGCUGUCACGUUGGGGGUCCUGGCUCAGCUGGCGGCGGGGGUGGCGGCGGUCCUUGCCAAGCGUCGCCGGAACAGACAAGGUGAGGGACGCCAAGAUCUGGUCUGUCGGGAAGAUCCAAAGAGAACUUGCGCCACUUGUGGCAAAAAGUCCGUCAUCCUAAAACUUUCUUUCUCUUUCCUUCCAGCCAAAUACUCUGCAGCGCCUAAGUAA